GCCGACCGCGCCAUUGUUGGGGGAGGGGGCAGCUGCUGAGCGCGGCGGAGUCGGGGGCGAGCGCAGGCGAGGAGUGGAGGCGCCCCAUGGGGAACACGCUGACCUGUUGCGUGUCCCCCAAUGCCAGCCCCAAGGUGGGCCGGCGCACGGGGCCGGUGGAGGCAAACUACGAGUCUGAGAUCUACGAGGCGGCGGCCGGGGACGCGGUGGCAGUAGCCCCGGCGCCUGCUGCCGUGGAGCCCGCCGAGUUGGAUUUCGGAGCCGGCGAGGGCCACCACCUGCAGCACAUCAGCGACCGGGAGAUGCCCGAAGACUUAGCUUUGGAAUCAAACCCUUCUGACCAUCCAAGGGCAAGCACAAUUUUCCUGAGCAAAUCUCAAACGGAUGUGCGAGAAAAGAGGAAGAGCAACCAUUUAAACCAUGUAUCUCCAGGGCAGCUUACUAAAAAGUAUAGCUCAUGCUCAACAAUAUUUCUAGAUGACAGCACAGUCAGCCAGCCUAAUCUUAGAACCACAAUAAAAUGUGUGACCUUAGCAAUAUACUACCACAUAAAGAACAGAGAUGCAAAUAGAUCCUUGGAUAUUUUUGAUGAGAGAUCACAUCCACUCACACGAGAAAAAGUUCCAGAGGAGUACUUUAAGCAUGAUCCUGAACACAAAUUUAUUUACAGAUUUGUUCGUACUCUUUUCAGUGCUGCACAGCUAACAGCCGAAUGUGCAAUAGUAACUUUGGUUUACUUAGAAAGGCUUUUAACUUAUGCUGAGAUCGACAUUUGUCCCACUAACUGGAAAAGAAUUGUUUUGGGAGCCAUUCUUCUUGCCUCCAAGGUUUGGGACGAUCAGGCUGUAUGGAAUGUGGACUACUGCCAGAUCCUCAAGGACAUUACAGUUGAGGACAUGAAUGAGAUGGAAAGGCAUUUUUUGGAGCUACUUCAGUUUAAUAUUAAUGUUCCCGCCAGUGUUUAUGCCAAAUACUACUUUGACCUUCGCUCCUUAGCAGACGACAACAACUUGAAUUUUCUGUUUGCUCCUCUUAGCAAAGAAAGAGCACAGAACCUAGAGGCCAUUUCCAGAUUGUGUGAAGACAAAUACAAAGACUUGUGCAGAGCUGCUAUGAGAAGGUCUUUCAGCGCUGAUAAUUUCAUUGGUGUUCAGCGCUCUAAUGCCAUCCUCUCUUAAGGGAGGAAGGAGGGGUUGUAACAUCACGAACCCCUCACCUACAAGGACUGGAGAAAUACCACCUCUCCUGCUCAAAAACCAGCAAAGUUAGUAUUUUCAUCUAAAAGAAAGUCAAGAGACUCGUGGACCGCAAGGAUUAUGCUCAUAGGAAAGAAUGGAACUUGUCAAUGCAACACACUCGUUUGUCCUUUUUAAUGUAAACAGAGUUACAAAAACCACUCCAAAGCAAAAGCUCCAACCCACACACAGAUAUUUGCUUACUAUGUAGGCUUAUAGCUGUGAGCUAAGUGAGGUUUUAAAAUUUUUAGACAAGACACUAACUACAUAACUUUUAUGUUUUUCUAUUUUUCUUGCCCCUCCCUCACACUGCUGCAUAUUUCUUUAGAAUCAAUGCAGUAUUACCAUUAAAACAUGGGACUCCUAACAACUCAUAAAGCCACUUAGGAACAGACUGUAGCGUUGUGAGGUAUCGAAGGGUUCUUCCUCCCUACUUUACCAUUGAAGCUGCUGGUCGUUAUUGGCAAUCAGUUUAAACCAAAAAGCUGCCGAAUAACACCUGUCGUUCAAAUUCUUUGCAAGCACUACUUAUUAGCAUUAUUAGUAUGUUUGGGAUCAUAAACAAGAGAAAGUACGUUAUCGAUUAUCUACUUCUGUUGGGUCCACGCUGCAUUUCUUGUGAACUAUAAUGGUGCUUCUCAUUUUCUGACGAUUUUCCUCUUUGUUAAAUGUGUGUAUUAAAAUAUAUUUUCAUAAUUCCAACCAACAUGGUGGUCCAGUGGUAACAAGCAGGUAGUGAAAUAGAAGGUGUCCUGAAAAUCUUAUUGCAACUUUCAGCUUAAAUAUGGUGUGCUUGGGCCCUCCAGGGCCCUGCUGAAGUAUAAAUGCCACAGACUUACAAAGUAUCACUUGAAAGUUUAAUUACAUUUCUAGUAAACUUCUGUAGUUUUGUAAAUUUUAAAUAUUAAGCUUUUAAUUUUAAUUUUUUGUUUCAGCCCCUCUUGAAGAUGGCAAACAUUGGCUGAAGCAAAAAAUUAAAAUUAGAAGUUUAAUAUUUAAAAUUUACAAAACUAGUUAAGUUUACAAGAAAUACCUAAACUUUUAAAUGGUGUUUUGUCAGUUUAUAGCAUUUAUACUUCCACAGGUAUCAAAGCUUAAAGUUGCACUAAGACUUUUAAAGAUACCUUGUACCUUCAUAGACAUGCCCUCCCCUUUGAAAGUAGUCCUUUGCAGGGCUAUGCCGUUUACCUGCUUUGAUCACCUGAGUUUCUUUUUUCUAGAUUUGGUAAGGAUUAUGAAGAGCAAUGGUAAUUCACAUGUAAUAAACUGAAAGGAAUUGGACUCUAAUAGUAGUGAUAUGAAAGUAGGGGAUAGGAAACCGCUUUUCUAUCCUACGUGUUAACCUGGCUGGAGAUGUCUCGUUUCAAGUCCUGCUAUUUAAGAGGAACCCUCACCUCAGGCUUUAAAGGGCAGGGAGUUAAGAAAUCAAUCUUCUAGGACAUUGGUAAUGAUGUCACCUAAACUUGAAAUGUUAAAAAAAAAAAAAGAAAAAAGAAAAAAAAGAUUCGUGUUCUUAACCACGUGAGAUCUUUCUGCUACCUUCUCAAAUGUAAUCCUAGGAAUUUUGCCUGUAAACACAGCAUUUCUGGGCCAGGAAUACUUUCUCUCAGUAUAGCAAGGCUUCAUAUUCUAUUGAGUGCUGCAGGUUCCAUCAUUUUUAAAGGACAGAGACAUAAAUGAUAAAUAACAGUAUAUAAAAUAUUACAAUCUACCACCUCAAAAAAAUGUUUUGUGGAGUUCGGAGCUUGGAGAUUCAAGUAUUGAUUACAGUCUUAUUUUGAAAAGAAUGCUACAACGUAUGUGGUUUUUCUUCCUCAUGUUUAUAUUAAAAGAAAAGCUAAUAAACUCUAUUUUAAUUAAAA